CUUUUUUCGUACGAGGAAAAAACAAAAACCGGCGCUGAUUUUGAACUUAGUAAAGGAAUGUGAAAACUUUAGCUGGUGUGGCUGUGUCCCCGCUGUGCUCACAAACUAGAAGAUACCUACUUAAUUACGUUGGACGCUGGUACAGUACAUGCCCACCUGACUACAGUGGAUUGCACAGGCUGCAGUUAGACACAAUGGAGCUGUCUGUGGGGAACCUGUACAACCAGUUUAUGAGUCUCAAAGCUCAACUGGACGGUCUGAAAGACAGCAUCGAGCCACAGUUCCUCCAGGUAGCUGUGAAUUUUGAGGAAUGUCGUAAGAAAUGGCUGAUGGCUGGUGAAGAGCUGGUUUCCUGUAAAGAAAUGCUGGCAAAAGCAGAAACAGAAAAGGGAUCCCUAGAGGUCAAACUCAAACAUGCUCGAAACCAGGUGGACGUAGAGAUUCAACGGCGGCAGAAGGCAGAGGCGGUCUACGAAAAAUUUGAGCGGCAGCUGCAGCUGAUCCGGGACAUGCUGAUCUCAGAGAAUAAUGGCAACAGUCUCCUUUUAAGUGAGGAACAACGGUCAGCCCUGGCCUUUCUCAACACCCAUUCCCAGGUAGCACAAGCAGCAAGAUCCAGCCGCAGGUCCAGCCGAAGAUUAACUAGAAUUGAUGAAUCUGCAUCUUUGCUGUCAGAUAUCAGCUAUGACCAAACAGAUGACUCUUUGGACUGGGAUUCCUCAGUGAUGAAGAAUGUGAGACUGCGCAAACGGCAGAAACGACGCUCUUCAAGAAAGAUCUCAGAUGUUCCUUCAGUGGCAGUAAAGAAGCACUGCUCCACUGGACAAGCAUCAGAUAAGAUGAACGAGUCGAUUGUGGCUAAAACAACCAUCACUGUGCCUACAAACGGUGGCACUGUCGAGGCCGUUGCCACUAUUGAAACUGUGCCUUACAGGAUGCGCAGCAGAAAGAGGAGUGUGAUGGGAGACACAACCACUACUGAUCAGUCAGAAAGUGUUAGUGAGGCUCCCGGCACACAAGUCUCAGACGUUCCGACCAAACUCCAAACUCUAAGGACAAAAGGAGGAAAGAAGCACCACUUCGCCCCCAAAACUGUGAUCAGGUCUGAGUUCUGUGGGCCGUGUGGAAAAAGAACAAAGUUUGGAAAAGUUUAUCUUCGCUGCCAGGACUGCAGGAUCGUGUCUCACCCAGAGUGUCGUGAGAACUGUCCCCUGCCCUGUAAUCCCACAGCUCUCAGUACUCCCAACAGGAGCACAGAGGCCACCCUGGCUGAUUUUGCUCCAGUUACGCCUCCAAUGAUCCCAGCUUUGGUCAUCUACUGCAUCAAAGAGAUCGAACAAAGAGGUCUUCAUGAGGUUGGCCUGUACAGAGUCUCCGGUCAUGAGCGCGUGGUUAAAGAGCUGAAGGAGAAGCUCAUUCGAGGAAAGACUCUGCCUUCACUUAACAAAGUGGAGGACAUUAAUGUCAUCGCAGGCGUCCUCAAGGACUUCCUCAGAAAUCUGCCAGAGCCGCUGCUCACAUUCCAGCUCAACAAAGCCUUCAUGGAGGCAGUGGAGAUCCAGGAUGAUGGCAACUGUCUUGCCAUGUUGUAUCAUGUCGUCAGCGAGCUGCCUCAGCCCAACAGAGACACUCUGGCCUGCCUGAUGAUCCACCUGCAAAAGGUGUCUCAGAGUGUGCAUACCAAGAUGGACAUAAAGAAUCUGGCCAGGGUGUUUGGCCCCACCCUGGUGGGCCAUGCUGUCCCCGAUCCAGACCCCAUGACGAUACUGAAUGACACCAGCAGGCAACCAAGGGUGGUGGAGCUCUUGCUCAGUAUUCCACAGAGCUACUGGAGCCGGUUUGCUCAUCCAGACAACAUCAAGAUGGAAGCAGAUUUUCACUCUCCAGACAACAAAGGGAGCUUACUGGGACCAGUGACAACUCCAGAGCAACAGAUGAUGUCCAAAACACCUUCCUCCAGCUCUUUGUCUCAGCGGGUGAAGCAGACUCUGUCCAGCACCACCAUAUUUGGAAGCAAGAGCAAAGCAACAUCUGCCUCUUAUCAGCAGGGAAGCUUCUCUCCUUCUCCACAGCUGAAGUAAAGGCAGAAAGAUUCUCCUGGAUGUUACAGCCAUAACCAAAUAUAUCUUUCUAUAACCAUGUGGGAAAAGUAAUGUGCAAUUAUAAAAUGGAAACAUUUUCAUAUAAUCUUUCAUUUAAAUGUUUCCUUUGUGUUUAAUUUUUUUCACUCACAAAUACUAGAAGUUUUUUCUUGUUUGAUCACCACUUUAUUACUGACCACCUCUGUUACUACUGUGUAUUACAAAAGACGUAAAGCUUUUAAUAACAACGCAACCAUGAAAAACAAACCGAGAAUAUCAACGUCUCUGAAAAUGUCAAUUUACUGGAUUUACUGAAUGUGAUCUUUUACGAGUUACAACUCCACCUCGCUCAAAGAACUUUAAAACAUUAAAAUGUAUUUAUUAUUGGCCAGUCUUUGGUUGCUUUAUAAUUUUAUAACAUCUUUACUAUAUUUUUAAUAUUGACAUGCUCUGAUGUCACAACAACCUUUAUCCUGUCAUCAUGUUCUGAUCCCAUGAGAAUGAUUUGGGAAAAUGCUGCAUUUUGCACUCCUUCAAUAAUGUAAUCAUCACGUGCACCACUAGAGGGUGAUGUUGUACCAGAUUUGACGUGCAACCCGAGCCUUCCAAGUUCCUGACUUUAAAGAGCAAGUCACCCCCAAAUCAACUUUUUUUUGCUGAUAAACUAAAUAUACGAGUGUCUAAUCGUGCUGCAGACACGUGUCGUCAAUAAUUUGGCACUUCAGUGCAUCUUAGUUAAAAUUUAAAUAUUCUGCCUAAAACUGGCAGUGUUGUGCCGUUGUCAGGUAAAAACUCUGCACCGUAUUCUAACUUAAAUCUGCCACCGCUAUUGGCUAAGAGGUAUGCUAUGAUGUCAUCUGGUACAUUAUGAUGUCACAAUGCUGUCGUGAGCCUGUGUGUGUGUGUGUAUUUGUUAGCAGCUCCGCCUUCUCGGUCUGCCAGGCAACAGCAUUUGUUGCAUUUUUCAAAAUGAAGUGGGAGUGGAGUUAGAAUCUGGUAGGGGUUGACUUGCUCUUUAACACAAACGGCUCUUCUAACCAGACUGUUAGAGAUCUGAUGGGACUCUUUAUUGUUUGAGCUCAACGAAAACCUGGAUCUGCUUCCAUUUAACGUGAAUACUGAAGAAAAGUCUAUUUAUGUAAUACUAAUAAAAGAGCCAAAACAUUAAUCUGCAGGGAAAAUCAGUUCUGAUCUCAUCUCAUUUAGCAUAUCUAGGGCAUUUUAUACUAAUUUUGAAUAUUUGAAUGUGUUUCUAACAGGUAAUACACUACUGACAGCAGUGUUAGAACUAACCUUUCUGUUGUGGCAUUGUUUUCUAAAGAUCUUAUGCUUUUUUUAUACCACUAUUGUGAUUAACUCAACCUUCUAUACUUUCACAGAAAACCUUGAGGCUGAUAUGUUCGACUUUGUUUAAAUGACAUUAAAAAAAUUCCUGGUGAGCUGAAUAAACAUUUAAAUAUGG